AUGACAUCUCGCAUGCCUGCCCAGCGGCCAAAGGGCCGCCUCAGAGUUGACGAGUCUAUACCUCCUAUACUCCGGCCUCUCAUUCGGGCCUAUGUUCUAGGGUAUGCUUCCAGCGUUGCACCGCGUCUCCUCACGUUGGUCCCCCAGCAUGCAACCAAGCGGACGAGAAACAGGGGUCAAUCGAGCGUCACACAACCCCACGAUUCCUUCGUCACAUCCCUGCAACGUAUCCUUCGAGGGGGCCUAGAAUUGCAGAGGUUCCCAACCUUUUGUGCCGCGCUUGUAGGCGGCACCACUUUGUUCGAGGCGCUUGUCGAUAUUUGUAUAUUCCGCUUGAGAGGUCGGUGGUCAGACUUGGCCCGGAGGAGACUUUCAAGAUGGAUUGCAUCGUUUGUUGCAGCCUGGCUCAGUCUGCGCCUACUGCAGUCUAAAAAGACAGACAGUUUCGCCGAGACAAAGACCCCCGACGCCGAUUUGCCAUUGAGCCGUAUACAGAAGCCAAGCAGAUAUGCUGGGCGGACUCUAGACCUGACACUGUUUGCCGCAACUCGAGCCGCUGAUGUAAUAGUGGGCGAACUUUGGGCGAGAAGACGGCAGCGCAAGCUCGCCGCGGGUCAAUGGACCUGGUUUGAUUCGUCUAUAUCCAAGAUGACUGACCCGUCCGUCUUUGCCACGUCUUGUGCGUUCAUCAUGUGGGCGUGGUUCUACACGCCUUCUGCGCUGCCUCGAGCCUACACGAAAUGGGUCAGUUCCGCAGCCGCCGUAGAUGCCCGGCUCAUCGAAGCGCUACGGCGGUGUCGGGAAGGUGACCUCCGGUAUGGCGAAGAGACCGGUCAGGCGGGCCUCUUGCAGUCGAUGUGUUUGGAUUUCAAGUGGCCGCCCGACUGGGGCGACCCCGCCGUAUCGAUACCGUUCCCUUGUGAGAUAGUUCACAUGGGCUGCGGGCCAAAUUGCGAGUACCACGCCCUGUCCCGAUUCUAUCGGUCCUUCAAAUGGUCCAUGGCUACGUACCUACCUCUAAACCUCGUCGCGCGAAAAAAGAACCUGCGAGGUGUGCGUGCCGCUCUCCUAUCCGCGGCCCGCUCCUCCUCGUUCCUGGCUGCCUUCAUCACGCUCUUCUACUACGGCGUGUGUCUUGCGCGCACUCGAGUCGGCCCCUAUGUUCUCGGCAAACACAGGGCUGCGAGACAGAUCAUCGACGCGGGGGUGUGUGUCGGAUCGGGCUGCUUCAUGUGCGGAUGGAGCAUCCUGCUGGAGAAUCCUGCUCGGAGGAAGGACAUGGCGCUCUUUGUCGCGCCCCGGGCUUUGGCUACGCUGCUACCAAGACGGUACUCGUGCGAUAAGCAGUGGAGGGAGACCUUCGUGUUCGCCUUUAGCACUGCCGUCAUCUUCACCUGUGUGCGCGAGAACCGGCGCAGGGUGCGGGGCGUGCUGGGGAACGUUCUGGGUUCGGUCCUCGAGGCUUAG